UGAAAAGAGUUGCGAAAAAAAAACGCGUAAUUUGCUGUUGACCCAACUGACCGGCUUCUCUCUGUUGGGUGCUCUAUAAAGUAAAACGCAUGUCAUUUCACCGCAGUUACUCUUUUAGUUCCAUCCAUUUAAAGACAGAUGUGAUGUCGUUUCUCAUAGGUUUACAGGUAUUCGUUACAAUACUGACUUGUGUUUUGGCCACCAAUGCCACCGGAGCUGAAAAAAGGGAAUCGUUUCUAAAGUUUUCUAGACAGCCACAUUUAUCUGGAAGUAAAGUCCUUCCCGGCCUGGAGUCAGUUAUGAGCGUCAUGGGUCCUCUUGCCUUAGCCGCCAUGGUGUCGUUACCUUUUGUGGCUCCCGCUGCUGCUGCUUUACUGCCCUUGGCUUCUAUGACUUCGGUUUUUGGCAGACGAAGAAGAUAUCUGGACAGUCUCAGGCAAAAUCCUCUCCCAGAUUCAGAGGUUCUCAUGCGGAGGAUUCACGCAGCGGCCAUUCGAAGGAACGCCUAUUGAUUCACUCGUCAUCUCAUGAACAAUUUCGCUCAUAAGUACAAUGAUAAUCAAGAUCACAUUCUGCCAUAAAAAUAAUUUUGAAUUUAUUCUCAUAAUGGAAGUGCAAUAAAUACCUAAGGAUCUGAAUUAUUUCUUUAAUAAUGCAAAAAUUGUGUAUUGUUACCUGAGAAACUGUUAAUAAAGGUAGUAAUGAUCACGGUGAAUUUCAUGGAAAUGAAAGAUUAGUUUUUGUUAAAUUAUUUUUGAACCGAUGUUUAUCUGAUUAAUCAUAUUUAUGCAGGUAUGAACAACUGUCCGACAAAUAAAUGAUGAUGAA